CUACAACAAAUAAAUACGCAUAUCCCUUCCUUUAUAUUCUCACUCUCUCUCAUCUUUUGUUCCUAUUUCGCUAUUCCUAUUAUUGCCACCACAAUUUUCAACCUUUUCCUUCAAUUCCAACCCCAACCAUGCCUCCUCUUCCCCACCAUUCCCAUGGCGGCGACCCCUCGCCCAAACCCAACCCCACCCUCCUCUCCCUCUUCCUCAAACCCAUCAUCAUGCUCCUCCUCACCUCCCUCUUCUUCCUCUUCCUCGGCUUCGCCGCUUUCCUCCUCCUCAACCUCUUCCUCCUCGCCGGCGCCCUCCACCGCCUCCGCUUCCGUCCCACCCCUUCCCGCCGCCUCCAAUCCCCCACCUCCCCCUUCCUCCCCCACGAAAUCAACAAACUCCCCAACUUCCGCGUCCCCAAAACCACCACUCCCGGACCCGAUUCCCGCUGCGCCGUUUGCCUCGACGGGUUCCGCCACAAUCAAUGGUGUCGAAACCUCGCCGCGUGUGGUCACGUCUUUCACCGGAGAUGCAUUGACUCGUGGCUCGUCAAAGUUGCGACGUGUCCGACUUGCCGGACACCUGUUCGAUCAAAUGCUGAAACGAAUCUUGUAACGGAAGGUUCUUCGCAAUUUUGGAAUUGUUCAAAUCACAAUAAUGGGUUCGCCAUUUUAUAGCUUCAGGUGAUGCAAUUGACAACAUUGGAGAAAUGUUGAGGAAAAAGUUAAUAAGAGAUGAUACAAUUUGCAAUACUGGGUUGAUCAAGUUCAACAGCUAAAAGACAAUGCAUGAUCUUGUGCAUGUUUCCAAGAUUUUUAGUUAAUGUUGGAUGAGGAUUGGAAAACGUGACUUGUGCAUGUUUCCAAGAUUUUUAGUUAAUGUUGGAUGAGGAUUGGGAAAAGUGAUACUAGAAUAGUGAUUUUGACAACCUUAUCUAUGGGGGAGACGAACACAUUGGAUAACCUUAUUAUUGCCUAUUGGUAGUCAUUGUGGCAACUUCUAAAAGACAAGAAAAAUUAUUGCCUAUUUAAUAAUUGGAUAAAGCUAACUUGUGUGAUUUUUUUACCUUUAUGCCACAAAAAUGAAAUAAAUAUACCAUAAUGCCACAAACUGAAAUCAAAUAACCAAUAUGCCACACUUUUACUUGUGGUUCGGCCAGGGGUGGGACGGACGGGUGAAAACAAAUUUCACGUAGUUUGGGUCCGGCCAGGGGUGGGCCGGACGCUAACUACACCCUUUUUUUUUUUUUUUUUUAAUUUUUUUUUUAAUUUUUGAUAUAAGUGAAGAGAUUAAUUAUAAAAAAUUGUUUUUUUAUUAUAAUAUAAUUAAAUAUAAUUAUAUUCAAUUAAAUAUAAUAAAAAAUAUUAUAAUAUAAUUAAAAUUAAUUAUUUGCCAAUUGAUUUAUUAUUAUAAAUAAUAAUUAAAAUAUAAUAAAAUGUAAUAAAAAACAUUAUAAUAUAUUAAAAAAAACAUACAUUUGCCAAUAUUUAUUUUAUUCACAUAAAUAAUAAUUAAAAUAUAAUAAAUAAUAAUUAAAAUAUAUGUGUGGGUUCGGCCAAUAGAUGGACGAACAUGUGUGGGUUCGGCCAAUAGAUGGACGAACAUGUGUGGGUUCGGCCAAUAGAUGGACGAGGGCAUAUAUAUAUUUUUUUUUUUUGCCUAUAAAUAAGAUUGUACAGCCACAUUUCCACUCACACCAGUUACAGUUGAAGGUUUAGUAUUACUAGUGGAGAUGUCUUCUGAACCCCUUCCAACGUUUCCACCUAUGAGGAGAGAUGCAACAUUAUUUUUUUCAGCAACGAAGCCUCUGUUGAAGAUCAAACUAUGGAACACCCAAACUUUCGAGCAUCUGCAGAGGCACUUGAUCGGAUGGUUAGACGAUAACAUUCUCGAGGGUGAAAAGAUAAGGAAAAUUGAAAGGCAGGUCACGGAGAAAGGCCCAAACGGAGUAGUAACUCGUUCUUGGAGAGCCGUGAAAAAUGACGCUGGUGUCCUUAUGAUGAUGCUAGGACCACACGAUAUUGUGUUGAUGGUUGUAAUCUCUUAGAAUAUGUUUGUGUUGAUGGUCGUUUUAAGUGUUUCAUGUGUGGUUGUUUUAUUUGUGGCGGUCUUUAUUUCGAUGUCAUUGAAUGUUGUAUUAGUAAUGUGAAAUGUUGUUUUAGUUAUGUUUAAUGUGAAAUGUUGUUUUAGUCAUUGAUGGUUGCAAACUCAAUUAAAAAAACAUUAUAUUACAUUCAUAAAGCUAGUUUUAGUAAACAUUAAAUAAAGCUAGUUGAAGUAAACAUUAAAUGAAGCUAGUUGAAGUAAACAUUAAGGAGGCCUAUUGGACGGGCCUGAUACAUUUGGACAUUUACUUCGGAUAUGGCCUACUUCACGGCAUAUCCCACACAUUCUCUUUUCCUUUUCCACGUCGUCCAUUUCGGUUCGAAUCCGAGUACUGUUAGGGCGGCCUCUUUUUUUCCUACGCAUAGUUUCGUCAUGACAAAGAGUAGGCCCUCUAUAUUGAGGCCAAUUGUCUUGAUGUGGGAGGAUCUGGAAGCUUUGUUGGUAGACUUUAAAAACAUGUUGUAUCUUGAACACGUCGGGUAUGUGAAUGGUGUAGUCUUGGCGUAUACUUUCACAUGGUGCAAUCACAUGUGAGCAAGGCAAAUGGAACGCUUGAAAUUUUCCACAAUCACAUGUUCGCUUUCGUAGAUCAACACCGUAAGUACCAGUUGGACGACCAUCGUUGCGGUUUAUUCUUUCGGCCACCAUAAAAUAGAACCUCUCCCGGUCAAACUGGUAAACAUUAUGACUGCUUGCUUUGUUGACUUCUUCAGUCAUCCCCUUGAUACACUUGUCUGUAAAAGUCUGGCCUGAUGUCAACCUCUUUGUCCAUUCAUGUCCGCGUUGACCAAAUAAUGCUCCCAUCCGAAAAUAUGUGGCCGAAAACAAAGACGCUAUUGGAAGAUUUCUGGUAGCCUUUAGCACAGAGUUCAUUGCUUCUGCAAGGUUAGUCGUCAUGUGUCCCCAUCGUUGCCCUCUAUCAAACGCCCUUGCCCACUUCUCCCUGGGGAUAUUUUCAAUCCACUCCAUAGCAUCUCUAUUUGUCUGACGAAUUUCGGUUCUAUAGUAAUUGUACGUUGACUCCGUCAAUGCAUAUCCUGUCACAAAUAAUAAACAUGUCAAGAAACCGACAAAGUGAAUUUGAAAAAUUUACUUCAUAAAGAUCAACCAGACUAUUACCCAUGUUGACGAGUUUUUUACGUAGUUCUUUGUCUCUAAUCGCACGCAUAAAAUUUUGCGCGAUAUGCCUUAUGCAAUAGACAUGUGAUGACGGAGGAUUUUGCCAUCCAUUUGCAGGAUCAUCGUAGGCACCUUUAAUCGAUGGAUGUCUGUCUGAUAUUAGGCAUAGAUUGGGUUGGGGUGUCACAUGGAUUCUUAGAUUACGAAGGAAAAAACUCCAAGCAUCCUUGGUUUCACCCUCGACAAUAGCGAAAGCAAUUGGAAAAAUGUUACCAUUCCCAUCCUGCGCCACAGCCAUCAACAAUGUCCCUUUGUACCUUCCAUGCAACCAUGUUCCGUCGACUUGAACAAUUGGCUUGCAAUAGGCAAAACCAUGGAUGCAAGGUUGAAAAGCCCAAAAUAGACGAUGGAAUAUCAUCUUAUCACCCAACUGACUUCCUUCGUUUGAAAAUGCAGGUAAAGUUUCCAAGUCUAUUAUCAUUCCAGGCAGAUAUGUUUUCAUUACCAAUAACCAUCGUGGAAGGUCAUUGUAAGAUGUCUCCCAGUUUCCAUACAAGGAUUCUAUGGCCUUUACCUUUGCAAUCCACGCUUUCCUGUAAGAUAUAUUAUAACCAUACUUUCCUGUUAUAUGAGAAAUUAUGAGCUUUACCUUAAUUGAGGGGUCGGUGUUAACCAAAUCUCUGAUGCAGUGAGAGACAAUAUCUGAUGUAAGUUGUCUAUGAUCUUGCGACAUUGAAGUGGUUGUGCAGACAUGUGGUCCACUCAACUUACCUAUCAUCCACUUAGAAUUCUUCUUGCGAACUGAUGCUCUACAUUUGAAUUUGCAAGUUGGAUUUUUGCAUUUGAUGACAUAUCUCUUCGUAUCAGAUUUGUAUACCCAAUAAUCAAGAUUAUUGGUGAUAUGCCAAUGUUGCAUAGCAGCAACGCACUCCUCCUUGUCUUCAAAUUCCAUUCCCUCAUAUAAAUCAACAUCACUAUAGUUUGUUAUGUGGGAACCAAAAAUUGAUUCAGACGGUGCCUCUUCUAAACAGAUGUUUCGCAUGUGAUCCGGUGGGGCGUACAUGCUAAUAGGUCGUGCAAGUGUAGGCUGCGACGGCUCAACAAUAUCAGUGUCAUUGUCAUCACCAAAAAGAUCUUCAUAUUGCACUUCUUGUAUUUCAUCCUCACUGUACUCGUCCACCUGUUCGUCGGGUAUAAAUGGUUCGUUGUUUUGGGUUGGCUCUUCAUCAGUGGGUUGGCUCAAACCGUAUUGAUGCGAAUGAGACUCUUGCGAUUGGUUAAUGGGAGGACUAACAAUAUGAACAUAUAGCUCCAUAUCGUCAAGAGGACCAAACGAAUUGUGACAUUCGAACAUCACUUUAACGCCAUCGUCGUCCUCUAUUGGUUUCAUGACGUAAAAAAUGAUACCGCUAUCUCCAUUAAACAACGGAAGUCGAUAAAUAAUUUCACUUACAGGAAGUUGCAAUUUUGUUUUGAUUCGUUCCUUCAAAUGCAUAAAAUCGGCUCUACAAUGCACUUUGAAACGUUUUUUUUCGGUAUUGCUAAACGAAAAACCGUUGGUUAGAUCGUUACUGAUAACACCAUAGUAAUGCACUGAAAAAAAUGAUAUACUUUUUUUUAUAGGAUGAUUCUAAACGGUUUAGACUACAUAAUCAUAUAUUUGAUAGGGAGCCAAGUGAGGCUAUCAAGCCUUACUUGCAAAGAGCCGGUUUUGGACAUGUCUCCAAAAUUAAUUUUAGAAGUGUUGAUUCUAAACUUGUAAUUGCGAUGCUUGAGAGGUGGAGGCCCGAGACACACACGUUUCAUUUGCCAACUGGUGAAUGUACAAUCACAUUAGAGGAUAUAAAUAUGUUGUUUGGCCUCCGCAUAGAUGGAAGGGCUGUAGUAGGUGAAACCGAAGGUCCUGAUUAUGCAUGUAUCGAUGCUUUAGGCAUAGAACCUAUAGGUGAGAGGGUGAAGGGUGCGGUAAAAUUGAGAUGGAUCCACGAUGAGUUGUAUGAUUUAGAACAACAUUCUCAACAAACCGAGGAGGAAAAUAUACUGCAUGCAAAAUUAUAGAUCUUAAGUAUGAUUGCAGUUUUAUUUCCUGAUAAAUCUCAUAACGUGUUGCAUUCUUCUUGGUUCAAAUUUGUCAAAGAUUUUGAUGAAUGUGGCAAAUAUAGUUGGGGAUCUGCGUGUUUGGCUUACCUUUACAGGGAGUUGUGCAAAGCGUGUCGUGUAGGAUGCAUGAGUCUUGGAGGCUGCUCACUCAUUCUCGCUGUGUGGACAUACUAUCGAAUUCCACGACUUGCUCCAAGGAGUGAAAUUGCUCCAUCCUAUCCAUACGCCACUAGGUAAAU